UCCAGCUGAAUGUGUUCUCGUGUCAACAACUCUUCAUAGCAGCUGCGUUGAAGCCGCGCAACUCGGUGAUGUUGGUUAUUCUCGGAGCUUGUCCGGUACCGAACACUCCUCUUAGAAUAAAACACAUUUGCAGCCUGUUGCAGGACAGAGAGCAUUAGUGAAGAGCUGAGACUGGUCAUCAUGGCACAGAAAACCGCUCCAGGCUGGUUUGGAGCGUUUCUCUCUGCCACGACAAUAGCCAUUAUUGUGGGGAGUCGGGUCAGCGCUCAGCACUCAACGGGCCAAAUACAUCGUCCCAUCAGGACCUCUGAGCCUUUUGUGGUACCGGGCCGUGUUUCAAAUGUUUAUCUGACACCGGAUCAGCUCAGACAGCUGCACUUCAAGCCCACCAUAGGCUCCAUCCAGCUUUCAGAAGGCCAUGAGGCGAAAUUUAACUGCUCCAUCGACAUCCCCGAUGCCAGGCUGGAUCCUACCAUCCUCUGGGUGAAGAACGGCCAGGAACUGGCAGCAAACGUACAGGUGGUGAUCAACGAGCUCCAGACCACCACAGGCGGGGUCACCACGCUACUCUCCACUGUCAGCAUUAUCCAUGUGCAGCGAGCUGAUGCUGGGGAGUAUAGCUGCAGGCUGAGUAUCAACUCCAGAAUGUUCGAGUCUCAGCCGAUCAGCAUCGAGGUGGAAGGCCUACCGACAUUUAUUCAUCAACCAGAAGACCGGAACGUUACAAGAAGCAAACCUUUCACGCUGUCAUGUGAGGCGAUUGGACCUCCAGACCCUGUUCAAAUCCGCUGGCUUCGUGAUGGGUUACAUGAUAGUGAAUAUCAAAAAUCUCCAAGCAGUUACACUGUGUCAGGUGUGGACAAGUACACUCAGUUCAGCUGCGAAGCUUACAACUCCAAGGGUGUCACCACCUCCAGAGAAGCAAAUAUCAACCUCAAAGUGCUUCCCGGGCCUGUGUCUAAUGUCACUGUGAUGGAGAGGCAGUCCAAUAAGUUGCUGUUGAGCUGGAGCCCAGGCCAUGAUGGUUUCUCUCCGAUUACUAAAUGCCACAUCAGGGUUAAACAGGUGAGUCGCAGGAAAGGGGAGGUGAUGACCACCAGGUUUAUCAACGUCACAGUGCCGUCUUUCCAGAGCGAGGUCCCCGGGCUGAAGGCUAUGACGUGGUACAACCUGAGUGUUUCCUGCAGCAAUGAGGUGGGGGCCUCUCCUGUCUCCAUGUGGAUCCAGAGCAACACCACUGAGGGAGUGCCAUCAGUUUAUCCCCGAAAUGUGACAGCACAGAUGAAUGACUCGUGGCUGGUAGUCCGGUGGAAACCUCCCCCAGAUGACAAGAUAAAUGGCAUCCUGAGUGGUUAUGAUGUUAUAAUCAGACAUGGCACACAAGUAACUAAGAUUCACAGUGAGACAACCAUGGUGUUUGUAGAUGUGCAGGAAUUCAACACAACCUACAGUGUGGAGGUGGCUGCGUGCACGCAGGCAGGGAGCGGCAUGGUCAGCCCACGAGUCUGGCUGUUUGUGCCAGAGGACAGGGUGUCCCCAUCAGCCAGCCCCGGCACCAGAGCUUCAGACUCGGUCAAUGUUGUGCUAGGUGUGGCAUGUGGCAUCUGCUUUCUGCUGCUUAUCAUCUGGGGGGCUAUCUGUUUCCACAACAGGACUUAUGACUCUUGGUUUGGGCGGUUGUUUGGAGGUGGAGAAAAGCUGCUGCCGUUUGUGACGUACACACCACAGAGAUCUUACAAUCGAACGGCCAUAGGAGUCACACUGGGGAACCUUGGUGUUAGCAAUGAGCUCCAGGCCAAACUCCAGGACAUGAUGGUCAUGAGGAACCUGCUCUCCAUAGGAAAGAUUCUUGGAGAGGGGGAAUUUGGGUCUGUGGUGGAGGGACGCUUACAACAACCAGACGGGACAUCUGAAAAAGUUGCCGUGAAGACAAUGAAACUGGACAGCUUCUCUCAAAGGGAGAUUGAAGAGUUCCUGAAUGAAGCGGCCUGCAUGAAAGACUUCAACCAUCCCAAUGUCAUCAGUCUGCUUGGUGUGUGCUUGGAAGUAGGCCCAGGAAACUUUCCAAAGCCUAUGGUCAUCCUGCCUUUCAUGAAAUAUGGAGAUCUUCAUAGCUUCCUGCUGCGCUCACGCCUGGGAGAGAGUCCUUUGUUCUUGCCCACUCAGACCCUCCUGAAGCUCAUGGUUGACAUUGCUUUGGGUAUGGAGUAUCUCAGUGGACGAAACUUUUUGCACCGUGACCUUGCUGCUCGCAACUGCAUGCUGCGUGAUGACAUGACGGUGUGUGUAGCAGACUUCGGGCUAUCUAAGAAGAUCUACAGUGGGGAUUAUUACAGGCAGGGCAGAAUAGCUAAAAUGCCUGUAAAAUGGAUUGCAGUAGAGAGUUUGGCUGACAGAGUUUUUACUGUAAAGAGUGAUGUGUGGGCAUUUGGCGUCACCAUGUGGGAGAUUGCUACUCGAGGCAUGACGCCGUACCCUGGAAUCCAGAACCAUGAAAUAUAUGACUACCUUCUGGAAGGACAGAGACUGAAGCAGCCAACAGACUGUUUGGAUGAGCUGUAUGAGAUCAUGUAUGGCUGCUGGAGGACCGAUCCACUUGACCGACCUUUCUUUCCCCAACUGCGAGAAAUGUUGGAAAAGCUCACAGAAAAGCUCCCGGAGAGUUUCAGCAAGGACGAUAUCAUUUAUAUUAACACCAGCUUUCCCGAAGAUGACCCUGAUGGAGAAACAUCAGCAGCUGCACAACAUCCUGUGUUCAACUCAUCGCCUUCCUGCAGCCAUCAGGCAGCCGAAAAUUCAGUAGUUACUGCGGACAUUCACGGUAGCUUGCAGGAUGAGGAGGGUGAAGAGGAUGAUCGUUAUGUGGUGGUGAUAUCCUCUGAUCGCUCCCACAGACCUCCUGCAGUGGACACUCCUCUUUUGUCAAGUGAUGCUCGAAGUCAAGCUAAUGGAGUGACUGAUGUUGGGGCUAUGCUUCAAUCGUCAAGUGACUGUUCUUCCCUGCUAUAGAUUACCACCCAGCAGAACAAAAGAAGCAAUAAAAAACUGAUACCAUCUGUACUAAACAGUAUGCCUCACCCCACUGGGAACCCACCUUGAAAAUUCCUGAUGUGGAAUUUCUUUUUCUGCUAUACAUGCUAGCCUAAGUGUCAGUGUUAGGAAUACUGUUUAUGUGUUUUUUCAUUCAACAUGUUCCAUAAGCUUAAGAUACACUGAACUGUGAAAUUGUUUACUGUAUUGAAUUUUGUGAUGUCAUGUAAAUAUAAUAAUGUACAAAAUCUUUUUUAAUGUGAUCUUGAAUAUUGUAAAAGAAAACAUGAUUCAUAGAGGUCUUUAAGAUUUAAUUAAAAUGAGAUUCAUUUUGCAAA